GCGAGAGAAGCCAUGUUGUGAGCGGAAGAGCAGAGGGAGAAAGAGAGGGUGUGCCGAAGGUGGUGGCAUUGGUAAGGUGUCCUCUGAGUAUGCGGGAGACGACAAUGACGGUUUGCAGCAGAAAGCCGUUUUGUGUUUUCUGAGCUCUGCCUUUUCCUGUUCAGGAGGCGAAGGCCUAAGGGCAAUAAGGAGAAAAAGAUCACAAACAUCAUAACUUAAUUAUUAUAGAACUGUGUGAAGUGGGUCCUUCAUGAAUGCGAUCACAGGGCAUGGGCAAUGCACUUAGAUUCUGGUGGAGGUCAAGUUCCUGAUGCGUGAGAGUCUAAGUGGGGCAGUUGUGCUGGUAAAUCUGCAGAGUGAAUUUAAAACUGGACCAAAACCUGGCUAUAAGCACAGCCAGCAAGCGUUUGCAAGCAGUCAGCCUGUUGGGCUUGAGUUUGCUGCCACAAAGAAGGGGAUUCGUCAAUAUGACGGAAUACUGGGUGAGUCAAGGGAACAAAUGGUGCGAGUACUGCAGAAUUUACAUUGCGAACAAUGCGACGAGCAUCCGCAUGCACGAGUUUGGCAACCGCCACAAGGAGAAUGUUGCAAAGCGCCUCGCAGCUAUCCGCCGGGGAAAUGUCAACACCGAACGGGAACGAGAAAGGGCCAUGAAAGAGCUGGAACUGAUUGAAGAGAAAGCGCGGGUACAGUAUGAGAAGGACUUGUCCUGUCUUCAGGGAGAGGGAGAGAGCAAGGAGAAGGUACCACCGACGGGUGUGGAUAGUGCGCAGGUGGCAAGGCCAAGCCAUCAUACAGACGAAGAGGCAGGUGGAGGCGACACCGGGUCAGCUGGUGUUCCGCAGGCAACCGCAGUAGCAACGGACGUAACGGCAGAGGGCUUGUCAACAGACUGGGUUUUAGAUCCUUCAGGCUCUGGGUAUUAUUAUAAUGCCAGCUCCGGUUAUUAUUACGAUCCCAAUUCUGGGCUUUAUUACGGCGAACUCCAUGGGAGGUGGGUAACACAAGAAGAGGCAAUGUGUGGUGCGUCUUCUGCGCACGCUGCACAAUCGCCGUUGCCUCAUGGAGACCUUAGGGAUAACAGCCACGCACAAGAGGUAGCACCGACGUAUGAUGUAGCGGCUGGGCCUGAGCUUCCGCCUUCUUGGGAUAAGGACACAUCAGACAGUGGGUCAAAGUGUGCAGAACCGAAGGUUCCACGGCCUUUGUCUGGUAAUGCAGGCGACAUUUGUACCGAAAAGAGAGAGGCUGGCCCGAAACCUGCAGCACCACUUUCAGGCGCCGUGCAACCGAAAGCUGCCUCGUUAACAAAAGGUAGGGGUGUUAGCUCCUCUCUGGAGGUGUCAAAAAGAAAAAGGGAGGCCCAUCCUAGUGCAACAAGUGAGGAGGAGAUGACUGCCAUUGCAAAGAGAGAGGCUGCUAGGGCGCGCACUGCAGAGAGACAUAAGAAGUUGAUGGGGUUGUAUGGGUAGGAAAGAGGGGUGCAUAUUGUACAUGAAAUGCGAACGAAGGUUUGGCGGAGGAGACAAUUUGAAAAGAAGCCGUAGCAACUGAUGGGUUUGUUUGCGUAGGAACGAGGCAACUGUUGUGCAUGGAAGACAGGCUAAGGGUUGAGGAGGAAGAUGGUUGAGCUGGAAUGGUAGAGGCAAAAGCUGAAGGGGCAGGUGUCUAUGGUAGGAGGGAGGGUUGGAGAAGGAGAUGGUGAAGAUGGAAUAAGUAGAGGCAGGAGGUGAAGGGCGUGUAUUGGUACAAAGGGGGAGGGUGGUGUGCACAUAAUGCAGGCUAGGGUUCACAGCGAACAGAGUUGGCAAGGAGCUGUACUGAUUGUAAUCAAUGUAAUGGUAUGCGUGAUAGAGGUCAAGGCUCCAAGGAGAGGACAUUACAUUGACAGUGCAGAAGGUGCUGAUGACAGGGAGCAAGGAGAGAAGUCAGACACGACUGGAGCAUGAUUGAUGUCGGAGAUACCCUAUCAAAGGGUUGAGGAUGGAGAUGGUUCAGCUGGAAUGUUAGAGGCAGGAGAUGAAUGCGUGUAUGGGUACGAGGGAGGAGGAUGUUGGGCACAAAAAAAGUUUAGGUUAAGGUUUGGGAGAAGACAUCUUUCCGUGAGAAAUUGUAGUGAUGGUAAUGGUAUGGGUAUGCAUGCUUGGGGUCAGGUUUUCAAUUAGAGGACACUGCAUUGACGGUGUGGACGUUACUGACGAGAGGAGGGGCUGGCAGGGGGAGAGAAGUCCAAAGUCAGUGGAGCAAUACUUCAAAGAAUGAUGCGGGUGCGACACAGAUUUGAAUGUAUCUUGUUGCUAUUGCCGCAGUUGGAUUGGAAGCAGAUGAAAGGUUUGCAUUUUUUUUCUCCAUAGCUUUUGUGGGUUUGCUUAAGGUUUUCUGAAAGUGCAUGGUUGUUACUUUCCCCUUUUGUGCAGGCUUUUCAUGGGCCUCUGAUUGUGAGACAAGACCAACAAAGGCAACAGCAAGGG